AUGUUUGAGUGGGAUGAGGAAACGAAGGAGAUUGGGAACCCAGAGGCCAGAACUUCUCUUGCUUAUAUACAAGCCAAUGUGCCAAGAUAUCGCACGGGUUCUCAUCAGUGGCCUACGGCGAAGGAACUUGCCGCCGCCCCCUCGCCCAGAACUACUGGAGCCAGCACGAAGAAUGAGGCAGAGCCGGAUGCCAAGGCCUCAUGGGAGUCGUCACUCAGUUGCUCGGAAGAUUACCUGGGGAUGGUUCCAUAUGGGAAAGCCGGCGGGCAUGGGUGGUCGAGGUCGGACAGGAGACUCGCCUAUGGCAGUGGGUAUGCCUAG